AUUUUAUUACGUCGUUUCCGUAAUUGGGUUGCUAAACAUUGAAACCGAUACAUUGAGUAUCUUCUCUGAUUCAAGUUUAAACUAGACGCUAAACUAUCAUGGUGCUUGUCGUACGGAUGGCUUCUGCUCCGGCUACAUUCCGGCAUUUAUUUGCCGGAACUAAUGCUCUGGUAUCAAAGGACAUCAGCCGUGGCUUGACUUCGCUAACCGUUAGUGGUAAUGUUAAUGGAGGAAACGUGCUCGAAUCCUGUAGACCAUCUCUACCUGUGCAGCAUGGGACGGCUGCUAAAACCUUGAAGUACUGGAGCGGUGUGCAGUGCCAGACACGAGGCUUGUUCGGUCAGUGCCGGACAGGAGGUUUGGCAGUUACAAAACAAGCGCUGAAGCCUGGUCUGUCCAACCCAUUCUGGGUACCAUCGGCUGGAUACUGUGAUUAUCCUCCUAACACAGUUUUUGAUCUGGAGUUCCGGAACGGAAUUCUACCAGGAAACGCUAUCAUCGUGAAAGGCAUCCCACAUCCUGACUGUAAACAGUUUACAGUCUCCCUUGACUGCGGUCGGCAAGAUGUCUCCACCGUCCCAUUCAGCUUAACAGCUUACUUUAAGGACCGCCCUGAAGCCAAUAACAUUGUGUUGAAUAACCGGAGGAAUGGGAUUAUCAAUCGCAAGAACGAGAAGAAACUUACCACCUUCCCAUUCCAGCAUGGCAAAGAAUUCAAGAUGAAGAUAACACACGAUAAGAACCAUUUCAAGGUGGCUGUCAACGACCAAGACUUGGAUUUCAUAGUCCACGACCUGCAAGUCUUCGAGAGACUGAACUUCGCCAGGGUGUUUGGGGACGUUAGGGUCACCACGGUUUCCUACAUCCCCGGUUCUUAAACGUGUCACGCCACACGUGUCACGCCAAACGUGAUCACGUCACGUGACUCGCACACAAGAACAAACCCACUGAAGUGAAGUUAUGUUAGAAGUGGACAAGUCAGUUAACAAAUGAGCAAGUCAAAAGUGAACGUGUCCAUUUGAGAGAAAUUGAGAAAUUUUAAUUAACUUUGAAAUGUUUACUGAAUUUACAUGAUUUGUUCUCCUCGUAAAAACAGUACUUUAAUAAACCAUUAA